AUGGAGUGCUUGAGAAAUGUCUCCCGGGCUCUUCACCUUUGGAACAAACAGGUAUUUGGGAAUCUGUUUGAGAAUGUUAAGAAGGGAGAAGCGAUGGUAGCGGCGGCUGAGUUGCGUGCACAGAGUGAUCUAUCUGAUGAGGCCCACUUAGAGCUCCAACGUGCUCAGGCUAACUUGAAGAGGCUGUUAGCAGUUGAGGAGCAGUUUUGGAGUCAAAAGGCUAGGGUCAAAAUUCACAAGAUUCAUGAUUCUGUGGGAGAUUGGGUGAUGGACGAUGAAGGGAUCAGAAGGGAGGCGGUCCGGUAUUUUAGUAACUUAUUCUCGACUGACUCUGUGUCCGAGUUUCAGCUUCUGCAUGUUAUCCCUAACCUCGGGGAUGAUAUCGAGAACAUGAGAUUGGAGGAAGUCCCCUCUUUGGUGGAGGUAAAGGCGGUGAUAUUUGAUAUGGAUGGGGAUAGUAUAGCUAGGCUAGACGGGUUUAUAGGAAAAUUCUUUACGAUGGCAUGGGAGGUGGUGGCUCACGAUGUUUACAUGGCGAUUGUGAGUUUCUUAUGUGGGAGGUUGUCUGGUGUGUUGCCUCGAAUCAUUUCUCCUCAGCAGAGUGGCUUUGUUAAAGGGCGGUCAACUACAGAUAAUUAUUUGCUAGCUCAGGAGCUAAUGUCGAAGAUGGGAAGGAAGUGUAAAGGGGGGAAUCUGGCCCUGAAGUUAGACAUGGCUAAGGCAUAUGAUAGGGUUUCCUGGCCAUUCCUUAUUGCAGUUAUGCGACGGUUUGGCUUUGAUGAAAGGUUUAUUGACAUGGUCUGGAGGUUGAUCUCUAAUGUUUGGUUCUCGACAUGUGUCGUGGGAUAUAAGGUACUGCGGCACUGCCCUUCUGUGUCUUAUUUGGGCUUUGCUGACGACAUUAUUAUCUUUGCCAAUAGCGGUGUGGAUUCGUUAAGAAGGGUUAUAUGGACUUUGGACUGGUAUCAGAGUGACUCUGUGUGA